UCGCCCGCCCUCCUCCCCAGGCAAAGCUGCACUAGCGCACUAAAAACUCGAGAGUUCGGUGGUGACCACGCACCGUGCACCGACGGGUGACACCUGCUAAGUGCUGACCAACCGUGAGCCAGCCAGCGACCGACGACACUAGCUAGCAUUAGGAACCAGCAAUGGCUCCGCGUGAUCUCCUUCUCCUCCUGCUCGCCGCCGUGCUGCUCCCAUCGUCGUCCACGGCGGCGGACCCGGACGCGGUGCAGGACUACUGCGUGCCAGAAACGGGCGCGGGGGCGCGGGAUCGUGCCGUGCCGGUGGAUCUGUCCCUCCUCCCGUCCUACCCGUGCCGGAGCCCCGCGAACCUGACGGCGGCCGACUUCGCCUCCGCGGCCGUGCGCGCCGCGGGCAACUUCUCCGCCGACACCGGGUUCGCGGGGGUGUCGGUCACCCCCGCGACGUUCCCGGCGCUGCACACCCUGGGCAUGUCCUUCGCGCGCGCCGACCUGUCGGCGGCGGGCGGCGUGAACCCGCCGCACUACCACCCGCGCGCCACGGAGACGGCGCUCGUCCUGAGCGGCCGCGUCUACGCGGGCUUCGUCGACACGGGCGGGCGCGUCUUCGCCAAGGUGCUCGAGAAGGGGGAGGUCAUGGUGUUCCCGCGCGCCAUGGUGCAUUUCCAGAUGAACGUCGGCGACGAGCCGGCCACGGUGUACGGGAGCUUCAACAGCGAGAACCCCGGCAUCGUGCGCAUCCCGGCCACCGUGUUCGGGUCCGGGAUCAAGGAGGGUGUGCUCGAGAGGGCGUUCGGGCUCUCGCCGGAGGAGCUUCGCCGGCUCGAGAAGAGGUUCGGGCCUCCCAAGACCAAGACGGCGGAGAUGGAUGAUUAAUCUGUAGAUCAGGCAUGAUUUAAUUAAUUAUACUAAGAGCAGAAGACUUUGUGAUCUGGAAUGUAUGUCUUUUCAUUUGUUAAUGUCUGUAUGUAUGGAUGGAUUAUUUGGCGGUGGACGGUGGUUAUUAUGGAUCGAUGUCGUGGUAGACUUUGGAAUGAUUUGAGCCUUUAUGGUUGGAGCAGCAACUGUAAUGCUGGUACAGAUGGGAUGGGUAGUUACGUGUCACAUUCAAGUGUCUAUGAGAUGUUUAUUAUGGGCUAUAUAUAUUGUUAAUAAAGCAGGGCGACUUUGUUGGUUGUGGAUAA